AUUUGUGUUUUUACUCACCUUGUUUGAAAUAAAUUGAGAAUUCGUUUAUGUUUCCAGAUAUUGACAACAUGGUGCUGUUAGAAAACCUUCUCUUGGAUUCCAACACCAGUCUUUGUGCUCUUCCAGCCACUAUGUUGAGACUGGAGAAUUUAGUGAUGGUUGGGCUCAACAAAUGUGGUCAUCAAUCCAAUGCUGAACCAUCCAAUAGUACCAUAGACCUCUCAAGAUGUUUCCAAGAUAUUGCAUUUAUUGGAAGCUUGAUGAAAAAUGUCUGUCCAUUGGUCGAGCUUUGCUUAAGAACAACAUACAAACACUUCUCCCCUUCUGUUAUAUGUAGAGAUGGUGUCAUACCUAACAACUUAGCUACAGUACUGAAAUCACCAACUGGGCACUGCUACCAUUGUAGACAGCCUUUCUUUGUUGGAAUAUUCGCUUUUACCACCGAUGUCAAGAAAGCGUGUAAAAUYAUAAGAAGUUCGGAAAUUGAURUAAACACUAAACUGCCCAUAUUAUUUGCCGUGUGUUCGUUCAAUUGUCAGAAAAUCAUUGAAGGUGUAUUGCGUGACGUGACAUGACAGCAUUUAAUGUGACAUUACCUCUGCUGUGACAUCUUCUGCGUGCGUGACAAUAUUAAGGCGUGACAUCAUUCCUGUUGUACGAGUAGAUUAGAAAGUGGUGGAUAAAGAAAACGAGACACGAAGAAAAACAAAGACGUCACAGAAAGGAAGGAUUUAAUAAGAAACAAAUACGGAAGUAGGAACUUAAGGAUUAAAACGAAAAGCAGUAAAACAAAGUAAAGCAGUAAAGCAAGAAAUAAAUCGAUGCAAAUGCUGAGUAAAAGGAAGUACUUCCAAAAAUGUAUGAAAUACAAUUAAAAUAAAGUCAUAAAAAUUUUAAGCCAA